AUGUCUACCCCGGCGAAGCGAAGGCUGAUGAAAGACUUAAAAAGAGUAAGGAAAAACUCGUUUAAAACAAUAUUUGCUGAGCCUCUGGAGGAUGACUUAAUGACAUGGGUUGCCGUUAUCUUUGGACCGGAGUCAACGCCCUUUGAGGGCGGAACAUUCAGCUUGGUUUUGGCAUUUCCAGAGACAUAUCCUCAGGACCCUCCAAACGUAAGAUUCGUCUCGGAGAUGUUCCACCCAAACAUUUAUCCUAAUGGAGAGCUCUGUCUAGAUAUCUUGAAUAAUAGGUGGAGCCCAAGCUAUGAUGUAAUGGGGGUCCUUAUAUCUAUACAAUCCCUACUCAAUGAUCCAAAUACAGCAUCCCCUGCCAAUACAGAUGCGGCAACUCUAUUCUUGUCAAAUCCAAUCUUAUAUGCAGAAAAGGUGAAGAAUUCAGUUGUAAAGAGCUGGGUGGAUGUUGAAAACCUUAGAGAUAAAUAUAAAGGCAGCUAG